AUGAACUUCCUUGGCGCUUCUAUCCGCAAAGGUGGCAUCCACCGCAAGGACAGGGGAUUCUCGUCCAAGAACAAGGUGCAGCAAUACCACGACGAUGGAACCGAGUCCAUCAUCGUCAUGGGCCGCCCGUUCCGCGUGCUGCAGAAAAUCAGCGACUUACCGCCGCCGUACAUGGUAGGUCGCCAGCGCUCCUCCAAGUACGGUGCGGGCGGUAGCUCCUAUGUUUACCUGGUGGAAAACUCGAGUCACCUCCCCGAGUUCCCGCGGCAUAUGGCGCUGAAGCGGUCGUUCUUCGGGGUCGACCAGGUUGCGGAGGCGCACAAGGAGGUCGAUAUCGUCUCUCGCAUCUCUGACAAAAACAUUGCACGUGUGUUUCACAGCGAGAUCUCGCGCAAUGAAGGACGCCUCGGCGUCAGCAUUGCGAUGGAGUACUGCUCCAACAACCUUUACCGCCGCAUCCGCAGCAGCACCGGCACCGGCGCCGGCACCCGACUGACCGAGGGCGAGAUCUGUCACGUCUUGUGCGCCGUGACGAGCGCUGUCGGGUACCUGCACACGCAGCAGCCACCCAUCGCGCACCGUGACAUCCGCCCCGAGAACAUCCUCAUCAACAACAAGCGCACUGGUCCCGCGGCGUACAAGCUGACGAACUUCAGCAACGCCUCCACGGAAGCGUACCACUGUGAGACCCGCGAGGAGGCGAACAUCGCGAUUGCGGAUAUUCAGAUACAUACAAGCCCGGCCUUCCGCUCGCCGGAGAUGUCGGACCCGUGGAGCAAAAAGCGCAUUUGUGAGAAGUCAGACAUGUGGUCCAUUGGCGUGCUGCUCUACUACAUGAUGUACCUGCGCCUCCCCUUCGACCCAAGCAUCAGCUUUAGCAAGGAGAACUGGGUCAUCCACUACCCCCACGAAACGAUAGGCUCCUACACGGGGUCGCUCCACGUCAUUCUUGAGCACCUGCUGGACCCCAACCCGGACUCCCGCUGGGACGUCUUCGCGCUAACCAACUACAUACGCUUCGACGAGGACUGCAGCCGCCACCUCGGCACCUUCUGUUUCACCAUGACCGAGUGGCCGGAAGGGUGGGAAGAGCAGGAGGUGAGGGUGGUAGGACGCACCGCGCCGCCGAAGGCUCCGCGAGUCUCGUACAGCAGCCCCAGGCGCGAGCAGCUGGGCAACCUCGGCGACGGCUAUGGCGACGGCUUCAGCUACAUCAAAAAUGACUACUCCACUGGUCGCUAUGAUAUCCCGCCCUCGUCCACUGUGCGAAACCGCGUUAGCGGUGGCAAUGUCGAUGCAGUGCAGGAGGCGAUGAUAGUCCUCGGUAGCGACCCAGUCGAUGACGACCCCGAGUUGGCUGAGUACCGCAAGCAGAUCGUCAAGGAGCAAGAGGAGGCGUGGGAGCAAGCCAAGGCGGAGGCUGGUUACCGAGCCUCUCUGCCAGCAAAUUCCCAGAAUAACGACGCGGAACCUGCUCUCACCGAUAAUGCAGACAACGAGACCGAGAAGAAGGACGUCUUUGACGACCUCUUCGCUGCUCCGUCUCCGGUACUGGACCCAACUCCUCCUAUCCCCAGCCCCUCAGCGCCGCUCCCGACUCCUCAGCAGCCGAAGGAGGACAUAUUCAGCACCAAUGAUCUUUUCAGUGCUCCGGUGCCACAGGCACAGUCGUCGCCCUCGGUGAUGAUAAACCCCUAUGGCCAAGCCCCUCAGCCGCAGCAGGCGGUGGCGAUGAGCGGCUGGAGUAGUGGGGCACCUGUGAUUCCCAGUGGCGGGUAUCCGAUGCAGCAUCAGCAGCAACAGGCUCCCUGGGGAUAUGGCGGCAGCAACCCAAACGUGUACGCUCCUCCGCAGCAGGAGGGAUUUCAGGGUGGGUACCCAAUGCAGCAGCAGCAGCAGCAGCAGCAGUCCAUAAACUUUAUGGCCCCUUCCCCAGGCCAGAAGGCGACGAACGCUCCCCCAGUGCUGGACACAACAAAGCCGGCAUCCCCCAAGAAGGACCCCUUUGCUGAUCUCUUCAACUAA